GGAAUUACCACACACUAACUUUAUAUUAAUGUUCCGCAUUGUCGAUGAGAUUGAUGUUUUUCGUACAUUCGCAUGUCUGCCAAUUCCACCGAAGACAACAGAAAUCCCAACGAAGCGUUUGACGGAAAGGUUUAUUAUCAAAAGUGAAGUUUUCCUUUAAAUAUGAAACUAAGUCAACAGCUCGUUAUUAUCAUUUUCCUGGGAAAACUUUUCUUUUGUAUAUCGGAAAUAAAUUGGAUUGUUCAACAAAAGGUUAACAAUUAUGGACAAAAUCUUAAACUAUUCUGUAAAGCUGACAAUUGUUGUGUUGCAAAUAUGACAAAACGAUGGUUUGGAGGUCCUCAACAGAAACCUUUAUGGUUAUCGUCACCGAAAGAUUCCGGCGCGAAAUCUGAAAACGCGAAAUAUAUUUUCACAAUAGAGACGAAUGGCUUUGGACUUGUUAUAAAAAAUGUAACUGUUGAGGACAUGAAUGUCACUUACAAAUGUUCCUACAAUUUUGAAGAGGACAGUAAUAUGUUGUAUUCUUCAGAUGCUUUCAGUGAUAAACAGGAGGAUAGCGAGAAAAAUGUUAAUGGACAAAAUCCUGUAGAAAACAGUUUUAACUAUAUCCCAGUUAUUGUGGCAUGUGUUGUUGCACUUCUCCUCACUUGCAUAUGUACAAUUGUACUCUGCAAAUAUGCCAAGUUGAAUUCUUUACUUUAUUCAUGUAAACAGAGAAGGAAGAAUAGAAAAGCGGGAGAUGAUGUUGAGAACGCGCAAGAACUCAAAAAUUUGACAUCAGAAGAUAAGGAAAAGAUGCAACAAUCAAAUGAAAACAGUUUACAGGAAAAGGGCAUUGAGGCUAAUGCUAUUAACAAAGGAACAAUGACUGAUUUAAAUGAAGGCGAAAUCACGAAUGAUAGAGAGUGUACUGAAAAAAAGAGAAAUUCAAAGAAUGGUGACGUUAAAGAAGUCGUUGUUGAACAAAUUGAUGCUUCAAGAAAACCAAAGCCUAAAUAUCCUACCUUUAGUUCUGAAGAAUUAAGAAUAAAAACUUUCACCGGUUUUAACAAUGAAUUAUCACCCAAAACAUUGGCAAAAGCUGGAUUCUUCUCUUAUGGAAAAGGCAAUUUUGUUCGUUGUUUCCACUGUGGUGGUGCAUUGAAAGAUUGGAAGUCAGGGGACGAUCCUUGGAAUGAACAUGCUAAAUGGUUUCCACAGUGCGGUUUUGUUAAAGAUAAUUAUAAUGGAAUUGUUCCAACGCCACAUUAAGACAGCUCCCAAGUAUAAUUUUAUUGCAUUAUAACGACGAUUGUUCCAGUACAAUUUUAUUACAUUGUGACGACGAUUGCCAAAGUAUAAUUUUAUUGCAUUGUAAGGACGAUUGCCUAAGUAUAAUUCUAUUGCAAUUUAGAACGAUGAGCCCUAAUAACAUGCCAAUCAAUGAUAAAAAAAGAAUAGCUAAUUUGAUUAGUAUUAAGGGGUAGACUUUUUGAUUUUUUUUAGGAGGGAAUCAUGAGGAUGAAUUUAGAAAUGAGUAUGUUGGCCUGGUAAGAACAGAAAGUAUGACAGUAUGAAAAUGAAUAUUCUGUCACACAAAAUGCAGGAAAUAAUUUUGUACAAAAUUGAAAAAUGUAAUGAUUAAGUCAUAAACCAGCCUGGCAAUAGAUGAACAUAUAUAGUCCGUCCGCAAAAAAUUGUCUUCCCCUCCAAAAAAAUCAAAAUGUCGUCCCCAAGUCAGUUGUCUAUACCGGUUUGUUUUUAGUAAAUUAGAAAUAAUAACUGAUUCAACUGAGUGAAAUUACGUAUUUAGGUCAAAAUUAUUAUCUAGCCUGCGUAUGUAGCAGAAUUCGAUGAAAUUACGAGACAUAGAAAUCCGGCAGUGGUAGUGGCAACAGCUACUGGUUAAAUAUUUGUAUGAAGCUUUUAAAUAUCUCAGACGACAGAAGGACUUGAUAAUCAACGUCCUAAUAUCUUGUAUUCAGAUGCCGUAUGGUCUAGUUUCCGUCUGGAAUACGCCGGUUGUCAGUGACCGUUCAUUUUCAUGCAUUAUUAAGUGUUAUGGUUUCUCCCUAUAUUUUUGGUAGGAUUGUUUGAUAUCAUUUGUAGUUACUUAACAAUACUGUAUCGUCAUUCAUUUUUAUUUGUUGUCUAUUUUUGUAUAAUUAUGGGACUUGUGAAUAUUUUGGGCAUAUUUUAACAUUAUGACACCUUAUAUUAAUGCUAUUCCUCUGAGACGAUAUGUUCAUACUCAAGGAGAUUGUUUAUCACUGUAUGUAUUUAAAAAUACUAUAUUGCCAUAAUGUGUUGUCAACUUUAGCGAACGUUAUUGAACUUUGGCGAUUUUUAAGUUAUCCAAGCAUUAGGACAAUACAUAUCCUCUAUGGACGAUUCUCUUUAAGAACCAUUUAUCCCCAACCUGUUCGUACUUGGUGGGAUUGUGUGUAAUUAUGUCAAGUAAAGACAGUAGGAUAUUGUUAAGAAAAAAUGUGAUGCUAAGUAGUUCCACAACAGGUUUUUUGUACAAAUAUUUCUUUAUAAACAUAUUUAUGUAAACCAAUUCCUGAAAUUUACAAAAAUGUAUUUUAAAAAUGACAUUGUCCUUAUGUAAUCUAGCUUUAAAAAAGGACAGGUACUCCAAUGUUAAAAGAAAUUCUAGAACUUGUGCAUUGUGUGUAUUAAUGAUAUAGAACUUGCAUUUUAUUUUAUUAAGUCCAAUAUAUUCAACAUGUGAAUGUUUGAUUAAAUCAUUCUAUUUGCGUAAGCAAUCUGUUUAUAAAUAUUUUUCAAUUAUUUUAAGCCCUACAAAUGUUAAAGACUUGAGCAACUAAGGGAAAUUCGUAUUCCGGGCACUGAAAUGACUGUGAUAAAAGCAGGUCUAAUAACCGCUCGAAACCGUCCAUCCAUGCAUCAGUCAGUCCGAAAGGCCUUUGGACUUCUAUGAAAGGGAAUGUUUAUAUAUUUGGUCUACAGCUUGACAAUGUUGAGUUGUAGCGUGUAAUUGAUUUAUGCAUUCCCCGUUUCCAUUCUCAAAUUUAUAGAUUUGCAGUGCAGCUACUUUCUAUUUGUCUAUAGUUUGAGAUUUUACAACACUCAUUGUACAAGAAAAGAAUAAUAUUUUCAUCCCUUAACAUAACAUCAACGGAAGUAGUUUAUAAUGUCCAAUUGAACAUAGUUUUGGAAAUCAUCUUCAUCAGUUAUGCUAAUGUAUAAAUUUAACCUCAAUCUAUUACCCCAGACCCAGUAUUGGUCUUGUUGAUUUUAGAACUUGCGUUACUUUGAGUUGAUUUGUCUUUCACUCUGAGGUAUUUCAUUUGUUAAAUAUCUUUUCUAUUUGGUUGGAAUCGUGUUUAAUUGCAUUUUUAUUUGCUAAUUCUGAUUGUUUUGUCUUUUACUUAUGUAAUAGUAAGUAUACAUAUAUGUUAUCAAUCAUUUGAUAAAUAAAGAAUUGCAUUGAA